AUGGUUGAUUCACUGGACUUGAAUUCCCCCAUGGCUUACUACUCAUCCACCCAUUCUUCUCCGACUCCAUUAAUGUCGUUUUUCUAUCUUUGCCUUAUCAUCUUAUUCCUCAGUACUUUCUCUGCGUUUGGUAGUGGAUUAGGGGUUUCUUCCUCUCAGUCGUCAUCAAGUGAAACAGAGGCUCUACUCAAAUGGAAAGCCACUCUCCAAAACUACUCUGUCCCUGCUCUCCGUUCUUGGAAGCUUACAUCAUCAUCCUCAGCACCAAUCCCCUGCUGCAACUGGUUUGGUAUAACUUGUAACAAAGCCCGAACCAGCGUGAUUGAGAUUAGCCUUCCAGGACUGGAGCUGCAAGGUACGCUUAACAACUUCACCUUCUCUUCCUUUCCCAAUCUAUUCAGUCUCAAUCUCAGUGGCAAUGGACUCACAGGAGCCAUACCAGAUCAAAUUGGUAGCCUCUCCAAACUGAUCACCUACCUCGAUCUCAGUGGCAAUGAACUCAGUGGUCCAAUACCUUACGUAAUGAGAAAUCUAAAAAAUUUGGUUAUGCUGGACCUAGAUACAAAUAAGCUCAGUGGUCCAAUCCCUCAUUCUCUGUCUAAUUUAACUAGACUAGAGUUCCUCUAUUUGAAUUCGAAUCAAUUAUCUGGUCCAAUGCCUUCUGAAAUCGGAGAUAUGAAAAAUUUGAAUGAUUUGGUGCUAUCUGAAAACAACCUCAUUGGUCCAAUCCCUCAUUCUCUGGCAAAUUUAAGUAAACUAGAGAAGCUCUAUUUGUAUUCAAAUCAAUUAUCUGGUCCAGUGCCUUCUGAAAUUGGAGAUAUGAAAAAUUUGGUUGACUUGCAGCUAUCUCAAAACAACCUCAGUGGUCCAAUCCCUCAUUCUCUGUCUAAUUUAACUAGACUAGAGUUCCUCUAUUUGAAUUCGAAUCAAUUAUCUGGUCCAAUGCCUUCUGAAAUCGGAGAUAUGAAAAAUUUGAAUGAUUUGGUGCUAUCUGAAAACAACCUCAUUGGUCCAAUCUCUCAUUCUCUGGCAAAUUUAAGUAAACUAGAGAAGCUCUAUUUGUAUUCAAAUCAAUUAUCUGGUCCAGUGCCUUCUGAAAUUGGAGAUAUGAAAAAUUUGGUUGACUUGGAGCUAUCUCAAAACAACCUCAGUGGUCCAAUCCCUCAUUCUCUGUCUAAUUUAACUAGACUAGAGUUCCUCUAUUUGAAUUCGAAUCAAUUAUCUGGUCCAAUGCCUUCUGAAAUCGGAGAUAUGAAAAAUUUGAAUGAUUUGGUGCUAUCUGAAAACAACCUCAUUGGUCCAAUCCCUCAUUCUCUGUCUAAUUUAACUAGACUAGAGUUCUUCUAUUUGAAUUCGAAUCAAUUAUCUGGUGCAAUACCUCAAGACUUUGGUAGCCAAGCAUCUAUUGUAGAAUUUGAGUUGUUCGACAACGUCUUAUCUGGAAGCUUACCACAACAAAUAUGCCAUGAGCGAUCACUUCAAAAAUUUUCAGUUUCUAACAAUAAUCUCAUGGGUCCUAUUCCUGACUUUAGAAAUUGCACAAGUUUAAUGAGAGUUCGACUCGACAACAACCGAUUAGUAGGAAAUAUAACUGACAGUUUUGGUAUACAUCCACAUCUUUAUUACAUUGAUAUGAGUCACAACAGACUAUAUGGAGAGUUGUCACCAAACUGGGGAAAAUGUAAGAAUUUGUCCGUUCUGAAGAUUUUUGGAAAUAAUAUUAGUGGGAAGAUACCACUUGGGGUUGGUCAGUUAACUCAACUUGGAGAACUUGAUCUUUCUUCCAAUAAAAUUGCUGGAGAAAUACCAAGGGAAUUGGGUAGUUUAUCCACAUUGUUACACUUGAAUUUAAGUGGAAACCAUAUUUCAGGGCAUGUACCAGUUGAAAUUGGUAAAUUAAUCAAUUUGGAGCUUCUUGACCUCUCGGCAAACAGGUUAAUUGGAUCAAUCUCGGUUCAGCUUGGUCAAUGCUCCAAAUUGCUGUCAUUAAAUUUGAGCUGGAAUUCAUUGAAUGGAAGCAUUCCAUCUCAAAUUGGUGAUCUAGUAUCCUUACAAAUUCAGUUGGACCUUAGUCAUAACUCAAUUAGUGGAUCGAUACCACCUGAGCUUGCAAAGUUGAUGAUGCUGGAAAUUUUGAACUUAUCCCAUAAUAUGAUCACAGGCUCAAUACCUUUUUCUCUUGAAAAUAUGGUUAGCUUAGUAUCUCUUGAUCUAUCCUACAAUGAGUUAGAGGGUGUUGUUCCCAACACUAGGGUUUUUAGAAAUGCUUCUUCACCUCAAGCAUUUAGAAACAAUAAGGGGUUAUGUGGUGAACUUCAAGGUCUACUUCCUUGCAAUCCAUCUCUUACAAGCAAAGGAUUGAAAAAAAAUGGACAUAAAGUCGUCAUAUCCAUCGUUGCUUCUUUGAUAGGACUUUUGUUCCCAAUAUUUGCAAUUAUUGGCGUUUUCUUCCUCGUGCGAAAAAAAGUGAAAAAAGGGAAUAUAGAACAGGCAAGAAGAAACCAUGGAAAUGUAUUUUCAAUAUGGAAUUUUGAUGGAAAGAUUGCUUAUGAGGACAUUAUUCAAGCAACAGAGGAUUUUGAUGCCAAAUAUUGCAUUGGAAUUGGAACUUAUGGGAGUGUUUACAAAGCAGUGCUACCUACUGGCCAUGUAGUCGCCUUGAAGAAGUUCCAUCCGUUGGAAGGUGAGAUGAUAGUUGAUGAUGAAAGCUUUGAGAAUGAGAUUCGUGUGUUAACAGAAAUAAGGCAUCGAAACAUAGUCAAACUUUAUGGAUUCUGCUUUCAUCCACGAUGCAUGUUUCUUGUUUAUGAGUACAUGGAAAAAGGAAGCAUAGCACGUAUCUUAAGCAAUCAAGCAGAGGCUAUUGAGUUUGAUUGGCAGAAAAGAGUAAAUGCCAUAAAAAGUGUGGCCAAUGCUUUGUCUUACUUGCAUCAUGAUUGUAAUCCCCCAAUAAUUCAUCGGGAUAUUUCAAGCAAAAAUAUAUUGCUGGACUUGGACCUUGAGGCUCAUGUAUCUGAUUUUGGCAUUGCAAGAUCAUUAAAGCCAAACUCAUCUAAUUGGACGUCACUUAAAGGAACUCAUGGAUAUGUUGCUCCAGGUAUUUAAAAUUUUCAAUGCUAUAUACUAAUUUUUUUUUUAUUGUAGUUUGAGGUUUCUUUAUUUUUACUGAAUUGGGCCAUUAAAGUAUUUUCCAUCUUAGUAUUGAAAAAGGAAAAGAUAAUGUGUUUGCAUCUUAUACCUUCAAGUCCAAGGGGAGCAUCAAAUUAUUAUAGUGAAAAAUAUAAUGUUUGAACUUUGAAAGAUUUAGUUCACAAUCAUAGGACUUUGAUUAAAAAAUUAUAUUUUAUUUUCUUUU